GUAAACCCUAAACCCCCCGCUUCUGACGUCUCUGCAUUUCAAGAUCCUUGAGUCAAUCUAGGUUCGUAGUUCUCGAUUCUCGCUUGGCAGAAUCUAGGAAUAUGAAUUUGAACAAUGUCAAGGUUCCCAAGGUACCUGGUGGAGGUGCAGCUUCUGCUUUAGUGAAGAUUGGAAUUAUUGGUGGGCUUGGGCUAUAUGCGGCUGCCAACAGUCUCUACAAUGUUGAGGGAGGGCAUCGGGCUAUUGUGUUUAACCGUCUAGUUGGUGUUAAAGAUAAGGUUUAUCCUGAAGGAACACACCUCAUGAUUCCCUGGUUUGAGAGACCAGUCAUAUAUGAUGUCCGUGCACGACCCAAUCUAGUGGAGAGUACUUCUGGAAGCCGAGACCUCCAGAUGGUGAAGAUUGGACUUCGAGUUCUUACCCGUCCACUACCAAAUGAGUUACCUACAAUAUAUAGAAGGUUGGGUGAAAAUUAUAAUGAAAGGGUCCUGCCUUCAAUCAUUCAUGAAACUCUGAAAUCUGUAGUUGCUCAAUAUAAUGCCAGCCAACUUAUUACGCAAAGAGAGGCUGUUAGUAGAGAAAUUCGAAAGAUUUUGACUGAGAGGGCAGCCAGUUUCAAUAUUGCUCUCGAUGAUGUGUCUAUAACAAGUUUAACUUUUGGAAAGGAGUUUACAGCUGCGAUUGAAGCCAAACAAGUGGCUGCCCAAGAAGCUGAAAGAGCCAAAUUUGUUGUUGAGAAGGCUGAACAGGACAAGAGAAGUGCUAUAAUUAGAGCACAGGGAGAGGCCAAGAGUGCCCAGCUGAUAGGCCAAGCUAUUGCCAACAACGCAGCGUUUAUAACUCUGAGGAAGAUUGAAGCAGCAAGAGAAAUUGCACAUACUAUCUCAAACUCAGCCAACAAGGUUUUCCUCAAUUCAGAUGAUCUGUUGCUGAACCUUCAGGAGAUGAAUUUGGAGCCCAGUGGGAAGAAGUAAUCACACAUCCCUUAAACUUACAUGCCAUUUUGUCUUGUUUCUUUGAUUAACUGUGAAUGUUGGAGCAUUUACGUAAAAGACUAGUUGUAAACAAAUGGAAAUGUGGGCUAUUCUCUCUUUUUAAACAACUUGAGCCUGGUUUUGGAUGGCUGGCUGGCUGAUCGAUUUAUUCAGAUCCUCUUGAGAUAGUUUCACCUUAUAAUAAUGUAAGUACUUUUUUAAUGCCAUUUGAACUGUUUUUUCC